AUGGGCCAGGAUUAUUACUCGGUGCUCCAGAUCACUCGCAAUUCAGAGGAUGCCCAGAUCAAGAAGGCGUACCGGAAACUGGCCCUUAAGAACCACCCACUCAAGUCCAGUGAGCCAUCCUCAGCAGAGACAUUCAGGCAAAUAGCAGAGGCCUAUGAUGUGCUGAGCGACCCUGUGAAGAGAGGCAUCUAUGACAAGUUUGGAGAGGAGGGCCUGAAGGGCGGGAUUCCUCUGGAGUUUGGAUCCCAGACCCCAUGGACAACUGGUUACGUCUUCCACGGCAACCCUGAAAAGGUUUUCCAUGAGUUCUUCGGAGGAGACAACCCCUUUGGUGAGUUUUUUGAUGCAGAAGGAAGUGAGGUAGAUUUGAACUUUGGAGGGCUCCGGGGCCGAGGGGUCAAGAAACAGGACCCCCCAAUCGAACGAGACCUCUACCUAUCCCUGGAGGACUUAUUCUUUGGCUGCACCAAGAAAAUUAAGAUCUCCCGAAGGGUGCUGAACGAGGAUGGGUACUCCUCUACCAUCAAGGACAAGAUUCUCACAAUUGAUGUGAAACCCGGUUGGAGGCAGGGCACACGGAUCACCUUUGAGAAGGAAGGGGACCAGGGCCCCAACAUUAUCCCAGCCGACAUCAUCUUCAUCGUAAAGGAGAAGCUACACCCUCGCUUCCGCAGGGAGAAUGACAACCUCCUUUUUGUGAACCCCAUUCUCUUGGGCAAGGCUCUGACCUGCUGCACCGUGGAGGUGAAGACCCUGGAUGAUCGUCUGCUCAACAUCCCCAUCAAUGACAUUGUCCAUCCCAAGUAUUUCAAGAAGGUGCCAGGUGAGGGGAUGCCACUACCUGAGGACCCCACUAAGAAGGGAGAUCUCUUCAUCUUCUUUGACAUCCAGUUCCCCACCCGCCUCACACCCCAAAAGAAGCAGAUGCUGCGCCAGGCAUUGCUGACAUAACUGGUGGGCUGGGGGCUGGAGCACGGGAGAAGGCUACCUGGACCUUAUCCCAUUCCUGCCUCAGGAUGUGCAAGGGAGCCAGCCUGCUGCACAGAUGUGAUGUGAGGAUGGGAUGGCAUGGGAUGGCAUUCUUUUAAACUGACACAAUAAAGAUUUAUUUCCUAUCUUCCAGUUGCACCCAGAAGACUGUGUUGGAGGGAGAGG